GCACACGCAUGUUCCCUGGGAAGAAGUUCCUGAACGCGAACGAACUCGUCUGUUGGCAAUGUGGGACAAAGUAAUCAUUCGGGUGUGGGGCAGUUACUCCAUGUUCGAAAUGGGAGGCCUUGAUACCUACGCCCAAGCGCUGGGUUUAUCGUCUUGCGAUAAGCCCGAUGAUCUCAUUACUCAUGCCGUGCUCGUCAAAUAUCCAGAGCUCAAGUACAUCGUCUGGGAACUUCGGGAUGACUUUACCAAACUCUAUUCAUAUUGUAACCAUCCUGCAUUCUUCAAUGCCCUCGAUGCACCGAUUGACGCGGCCUUAGCUGAAGUAGAGCCUCUGUUCAUUCGCUAUCGUUUGCCUUAUUUCUAUGAUCACUUCGAUCCAUUCUCAGUCGAUAAUCUUGCUGUGGCCCUGGGGGACAGGUGGGAACCUGUGGCAGACACCUUUGAGGACCGACAACCUUAUAAGACCGUGGAACCCGAACCACAGACAUUAACGCUUGUAACAGGUGUCGGCACACACUGGGGUUUCUAUUUCGCAUAUUCGCCAAAUAAAACAGCGGAAGAAGUUUGCAAGAGUAAUUUGUCCCAAGACCUCCUCCUCGCCACCCAAGAGCUCGGUGCUACCGUUGACACUGCGACACUCAGUCCUGAAGCCAUAUCACGUCGUACCGCUGCAGCGGAGCGCUGCUUCUACGCCCUCUAUCUCACCCGCAUCAUCGUACUUUCCAGAUUUUUGGAAUUUCUUCCCAAAGACCUACCGGAUGGCUAUCACCAUGCAUGCUGGGCUGUCUUUCAACAGAACCCACCUCGGACAUCGGAGGGUGACGAUGUUUUCUCCGUGGUCUACCGACAUGUCGCGAGGGCUCGAGGUUCCAUUGCAGAGCUAAAGCGGACGGCCGAGACCCGUUUCGACACUUUGGCCGAGAGGAGCCCUAGUUUGUUCUUCGAGCUACAUGAAUGGGGCCGCUACCCCCCGAGAUUUCCAUUCUACCUUGCAGUCGACGAAGUCGAAGCCCCCAUUUCCCCCAAUUUGUUGAGCGGUCGUCGUCCGGCCUGUUCACGGUUUGGUGUCAGUGCCUUGUUUUAUGGAUUUGAUACUCCGUGAGGCCCUUUCUCAUAUCGUUUGUCGCUAUUCACAGCCUCGAGUUCGACUUUAUCGGAUGCACCUGGCCUCUACGUCUCCCGAACCCCGCCUCGGUAAAGGAUACCGCAAGAGCCGCUUGCAGCCCUGAGACCCAACCGCCAUCCGUAGUCCUCUCAUGCUUCGCCUUGUUGUCUACCUCCUGGGCGACGAUCCCGCACGGCAUCCUGCGCGCACCACUUUAGGUUAGUGGUCGCGAGGAGGUCUCAGGCGUUCCCAACCGAUGGACAUGUCGAGACCUACGCCCCAAUGGAGACCAACACCAUCUCGAACGGGGCUGUGUUGCCUCUACACAGGCCAUCAUACUCGCGGAUCAGGCGGCCUUGGACAGUAUGCUUUGCCCAUACAGAGCUCACAUCCUCCUAUCGGUUCCCUCGCGUCCCGCGCCUUCCUCCGAUCAGCUCGCCGAUCUCUUUUGCUUUUGCAGCGGGAAUGAAGUUCAGUGCUCCCCUUUGAUUCUUCUCCUCGUACCAGAUGCACGAUCAUGUCCUGGCACAGUCCAUCUACAGCGAUCGGCUGUGUCCAGCGCGUUACCUAUUCACGCCUGUGGUCUACGUAUCCGUACUGGUGAAUCUUUCUACCACCAUUUUUUCUUGUGUUUUGCUCCUGUUCUCGUUUCGCGACUCUUUUUUUUCUUUGACCAUGUCCUGGCACAGUCCAUCUACAGCGAUCGGCUGCUGUCCAGCGUGUUGCACUUUCAACACCUGUGGUCAAUGUACGUGUAUUACUCGCAUCACCCGCCUUCUCAUAUCUUUGUUUCAUUUUCGUGGUUCAGUUCUUCUCGUCGUUUUUUUAUUUGCAUUCACAUUCUUUCGGAGUACCUUGUUGAUACCAUGUCCUGGCGCAGUCCAUCUACCGCGAUCGGCCGACGUCCAGCGUGUUGUCCUUUCAUCACCUGUGGUCAAUGUACCUGUACUACUCGCCUUCUCCCCCUUUUUUUGUC